GUUUAUACUACCGGUCGUCUAACGACUCUAACCCUCCAGCAUGUGUGAGCUACACGUUACCUGUAAAUGGAGAAAACCGUGAAACUUUAAGAUUGUUAAGUUGAAAGUAUUCAUUCAAAGAAUAUGUGUGUAUCAUGCGCAUUUGGAGUUGAACCAUUAUUUACAGAAACGUGGCAUUGCAUGAAAUGGACGGUGUGCCUCUCAUCAAAUCUGUUUUGAAAGUCUGUAAGAGAGUGCCAACACAUAAACAAGGAGAGUCUAUAUGUGUUUCUAUAUAUAGACACAUUUCUUCAACCAGUCCAUGCAGUAUGCCCUCAAAGAAACAAAAGAAAGGUGGCAAGGGAGCGUCUUCCUCUGAAAUGGAUACUGGAACACCAGAAGGAGAAAACACAAGAGCUGUUGUCGCCAAUCCUGAUUCAACUGUCACUAUCAAAAUAUUGGCAAAACCAGGAGCAAAAUUCAAUGGAAUAACAGAUAUCGGAGAGGAAGGAGUAGGGGUACAGAUAUCGGCGCCACCUGUCGACGGAGAAGCGAACACGGCGUUGGUGAAAUACCUGUCCAAGGUGCUAGGUGUAAGGAAAGCAGAUGUUUCAAUUGAUAAGGGCUCCAGAUCAAGACAGAAGCUGAUUGUAGUUAGUGGGAUGGACAGAGAGUCGGUCCUGGAAAAGCUUGGUUCGGAAGUGGAUAACGGAUGACAGAGAUAUCCAGGUGAAAGAUGGCUGCCGAUAACGAUUUAGGAAUUUAGUUUGGGUAUUGACGGACCAAUCCGGGUCCAUUUGUAUGGAGCCUCUUUUAUGUAAUGACAUUGUAGUAUUAACGCUUAAAACGGUUAGUCAUAAAAGAACAACGGAUUGAAGCGUCAUCACUGUUACACUCUGCUUUGUUUCCUUGUGCCUUGCUUGGCAGUGCCUCACGUUUGGCUUAAGUGGGUCGGCUGUAGGUUCUGUCCUCAGGCCGGGGCAUACCAAAGUCCUUAACAUUGAUAGUUAUUCCCUGCAUUCAUCAUUUAGAGUUAUCGCAACAACUGGCUUACCCGUUGUCAGUAUAAUGUGACCUGGUAGAAUUUUGUGCUGGAUGCCUUUGGCAUGGUAUUUCAGUGAGGUAGCACUCUUAAGUCUUCAUCAGAUCCGCGCUAUCGAAUGGAGGCAAAUGCAUCGGCAUACCAAGCACACACAAACACCAGCACGCAUACAUUUUACACUUCGAUGAACGUCCCUAUGUCCUUAUCUGUUAACGGGGCGUUUAACAAAAUAAAACUAAACCAAACCAAUGUGGUGUUACAUGUAGCUUGUAGCUGGACCGAACAAAACUCGUAUCCAAAAACUACAAAUUUUUAUAUCAAUGGAAUGAGAUAAUUUUUUCAUGUGUAUUGAGAGGAAAGUUAUUUGACCAUCGACUGUGCGUCUGACUGACAGGUUACGCCCAGAUCAAAAAAUUCCGUUCUACUGUCGAGACUGUCUGACGGGUACAGGCGCACUGAGACAUCAUGCCAAUAGACAGCGGUAGAAAAACCUACCUUCCCAGUGGGGUAGAUAAUACGGACCCGCUGUCACUAAGUUUACUGGAGUGUAGUUGAUGCUUGUCUUCUUUAACCCUGUUUACACGAGAGUUUUAACGUUAGAUGAGAAUGGCACAUAUCCAGUAAAUAUCACAUUUAAUUUUAAAUGAAAUGGAAUCGACGCACGCGACUGGUUGAUAAAUAAGAAAACAAGUUAUUCAGAAAAAAACAUGAUGUCUGAACCCCUGAAUCAAUUAGUAUGCAUGUACAUAAAAGUAUGCGUGUUAUCCCUUCAAGUUGAAACACAAAGGGGCAUCCUUGAUAUCCAGGGGUUACUCACUUUCGCUCUCUACACCCCUGGAAUAUGUUAUAGUAAAAUCGAAGGCACGCGGCCAGCUGUUUGAUUGGUUUCGGGUAAAAAAUCAUGACCAAUUACUAGGCUGAUGUUUGUUCUUUGAAGAAACAGAGGAGCGACACCCGACUUCAAAGCCUGAAAGUUUUACCGAUACGCGACCGCGAGAUUCUUUUGAUGU